CUUUGCGAAAAUGCUUACCUGGUCAUCUCUAACCUGUCGGUCGCCAGUCCGAAAAAGCAACUCUGCCACAGCGUCAAAACUAGCCGUUACCCCAUUCGAAAACUAAUUCCCCAUAGUCAUAGCUGUCUCCUUCCUUCAUCUCCAACCAGCUCCCUUCCACCUAAUUCUCCUUUCCGCCAUCUCCCAGCUUUGAAACUUCGGUUUCUGCAUUCCGUCCUCUUACUUAUCAGAUCACGGGAAAAAUGUUCACUGAAGGCUUAGACGAGUCCGCCAUCAACUGGGUCAACCAGGUUCAUUUUCAGGGACGAGCAGUGGACGAAUUGAGAUCGCCGCUAUCUCCGCUGACGGAGACGAGGUCGCCGGUGAGGGGUUUGUUCCCGAAGUCUCCAAGAGAUCCUCUGGCACCGAGGUCGCCGCUUCUAUACUCUUCCGCUUCUUCCCAAUUACUGCCUCCGCUUAAGUUCAGCUCAUCCGGGUUUCUCACGCCUCGAACCCUAGUGCCGCCGAGUUUUAGCGAUCAGGAAGAUGACGGGGAGAGCGUGGCUUCGGUGUCUGAUUACACGGCCGGGAAUUACUCUUUGUAUGGUGGGGAUGAAGAUGGGGAAGACGAGGUGGGAAGUGCGGUUGACUUGGAUUUCUUGGAGAGGCCUGUGGCUGGGGGUUACGAGGAUGUAGAGAUGGUGUUUGCGGAAAGGCCUAAGCGAAAAUUGAACCGUGGAUUGUUGAAGGAGGACUUGAAAAUUGAAGUGCCCGGCGGCGGCGGCGGCGGGUUGAGAAGGUUUACAACGGAUGGUGGAGUGGGAAUCAGGAAACCUGCUGAUCUCGAUGGUUCAACGACUUCUCAUGGGAAUUACUCACUUCGGGAGAGAGCUCAGCUAAGUAGCUCCCGAUUUGCAUCCAAUCUGGAUGAUUUCGGGACUCCAAGUGCACCUCCGGCUAUGGAAGUCGGAAGAGAGGAAAGUAGCUAUGGAGAUGAAACUGAAGCUGAGCAAAGUGGAGAUGGCAUAUGCAAGUUCAGAGAACCAGUGAAUCGACAUGGAGUAGGAGAAAGUCUGCUUGAUCCAACGCUUCAUUCCGUUCAAAGCACAGAAUUUGUUAAUACUGGACUAAACUCGACAGUGACAGACCAAAGGGAAGUAAAGAUGCCUUAUUGGCAAACAACUUCUUUGGAUCAAUCAUACACAAGGCAAUGUCGCAGUGGCCAACAUGCUUGGCAAACUCUCAUAGCAUACGAUGCUUGCAUCCGCCUAUGCUUGUACUCAUGGGCUAAAGGCUGCACAGAAGCUCCUGAAUUUAUGCGUGAUGAGUGUCUGCUUCUCAGAAGUGCCUUUGGGCUGCACAAAUUUUUGCUACAACCACGAGGUGUACAGGCAACGGAAGUGAGAACUGCUAAGAAUGCAGAGCAGAUGGGCUCUUCAAGGGUGAAGAAGGUGGUAGGGAAGAUAAGAGUGGAUGUAAGGAAGCUUCGAGUAGUACCAAGACGGGCACUUAAGAGCUCAAACUCAAUGCGGAGUGCUAUUUACAUGCAAAUGGGGAAAGACUAUGCCCGACAAGUCUCGUCUCUUGUAAAAAAUGGAAUGAAUUCUCUUAAGCUUGCUUCAUUUCCUGCAAUAUCAGAAGAGAAAAUGUCAUGCUUUUUCCAACUGAAGAGUGAUUCUGAAGGUGCUGAAGUUGAAUCAGCUUCUACAAUAUGCUUGCACCCUGGAAGUGGGGAGUACCAUGUCUUUUUCCCAGAGAGUGAAGGGGAUGCUCUUUUGGUAGAAGUUCAAGAUAGCAAACAAUCCCUCCAAGGCCGAGCCACGAUUCCAAUUUCAUCUCUCAAUGAAAAUCCCAAUGAUAGAAUCCGAUGGUGGCCUCUUUAUCUGGAGGGCCAAGAAUGUGUUGGGAAGAUACAGCUCUCCAUUAGCAGCACGAUUACCUGUGAUGAGACUAAUAGUAUAAAGAGUGGACCUGUUGCGGAGACACUGGCUUAUGAUUUGUUAUUGGAGGCUGCCAUGCGUGCACAACAUUUCCAUGCUCGAAAUUUGAAGCUAGGUGGACCUUGGAAUUGGCUCCUGACUGAAUUUGCCGACUAUUAUGGAGUAUCCGGUUCAUAUACAAAGCUGAGGUAUCUUUCUCAUAUCAUGAAUGUGGCUACUCCUACUAAGGACUGCUUAGAGCUUGUCAACGAGUUGCUCGUGCCCAUUUUCAAGGCUAGAAGUGAAAAAAGUUUGACUAGGCAAGAGAAAAGUAUAUUGUUGGAUUGUGAAACACAAAUUGAAAAGCUGUUGGCAACUGUUUUCGAGAAUUACAAGUCAUUGGAUGAAUCCUCUCCUACUGGUUUGGCUGACUUGUUUGGUCCAGUGCGAGACUCCGCUCCACCAGCUUUAACUCCUGCUGUCAAUGUCUAUACCCUUCUUCAUGAUGUACUGUCUCAUGAUGCACAAAUUAUGUUGCAGACCUACUUGCAGACUGCAGCGAAGAAAAGGUGCCGUAAGCACAUGAUCGAGACCGACGAAUUUGUCUCCUGCAAUUCCGAAGGCUACCUCUUGGACUCCAUAACUGUCUCGACUGCUUAUUUGAAGAUGAAGAAUCUGUGCAUGAACAUUAGCAAAGAAAUACAGGCAGACAUCAAAAUCCACAAUCAGGACAUCUUCCCCAGCUCCAUUGACCUGUCAAACAUCUCAGCUGCUGUUUACAGCACGGAAUUGUGUAACAGGCUUAGUAGCUUUCUGUCCGCAUGGCCUCCAAGUAGCCCGCAGCCACAUGUAAAUGAGCUUCUGACAGCAAUCGCUGACUUUGAAAGAGACCUUGAUUUAUGGGAAAUCAGUCCCGUGGAAGGUGGUGUAGAAGCAAGAGGGUUGUUUCACAGCUACAUAAUCGUGUGGGUGCAAGAUAUGGAACUGAACUUGCUUGAGCUUUGCAAAGCAGAGAAGGAUGAUGAUAUUUUUCAGGUUCCAUGGGCUGGGGUAACAACAAAUCACGCCACCUCUCCUUUUGCUGAAGAAAUGUAUGACAAAAUGAAGGACUAUCUAAUUCGCUAUGAAGUGGUGAUAAAUAGAUGGCCUCAGUACUCUCUGAUCCUCGAAACUGCUGCUGCUAAUAUGGAACGAGCAAUAAUUAAGGCAUUAGAGAAGCAAUACAGUGACAUCCUGACUCCAUUGAAGGACAGUAUCCCCAAGAGGCUGAAUAUGCACGUCCAGAAGCUGGCAAGAAGACAAUCCAUGGCACCUUAUUCCGUACCCAACCAACUUGGAACCUUCCUGAACACAAUCAAGCGAAUAGUAGAUGUCUUGCACUGUAGAGUGGAGGAGAUCUUGAGAUCCUGGGCAUCCUGCCUUCCGGUGGUUGGAGAUAAAAGGUCUUCUUUCGGGGAGCAGAUGAAUGGGAUCACAGUUCUGCUCAAAACCAAGUACAAAAAUUACUUGCAGGCCACGGUGGAAAAGCUUGUGAACAACAUGCAAGCUAAUCGUGGUACAAGGCUGAAGAGAAUCUUGGAAGAGAUAAAGGAAGAAGAUGGAGAGGCUGAUGUCCGUGAAAGAAUGCAAAUGCUGACAUCACAGCUCAUUGACUCCAUAUCCAAUCUGCAUGGUGUCUUCUCCAGCCGGAUAUUCGUUGCAGCUUCCCGUGGAUUGUGGGACAGAAUGGGACAGAUUGUACUGAAGUUUCUUGAGGGCAGAAAGGAGAACAGGGUUUGGUACAAUGGAUCCUGCUAUGCUCUUGGGAUUCUGGACGACAUAUUCGCUUCCCAGAUGCAGAGGCUUCUCGGAAACUCACUGCAGGAUAAGGAUAUAGAGCCGCCACGAUCAGUAAUCGAAGCACGGUCCAUUCUCUGCAGAGAUGUUGCAAAUGCAGCUGACACUUCUACCUAUUUCUAUGUCUAGCUUUCCCCAAAUAAGACCAGGAACGGGGUAUAAAUAUAUGUAGCUUACCUGUAUAGUGAGGCAAUGGGUUCAUUAUUCUUUCAUGUAUAUGUUGCAAAUUGAUUGAUCAUUGAUGUAACGUUGACACUAUUUUGUAAUUCUUCCUAUCCUUUCAUAUAUAGAAACGGGGGCAAAAAGUUCCCUCCAUUCCUUGUUCUAAAUUAAGGGUUGUACCUUGUGCAUUAAGGAGUUGGGUUUGUUUGUACCUAAGACAUAUUAAAUCUGAUUGGAU